UAACGAUGCAUUUUUUUCAAUCAAUGAAGUUGACAAGUGUUUCUGGAAAACUAGGAUUAUAUCGGUUAUUGUAAGCUUGAAUUUCCGAGAAGCUUAUCAAAUGCUACGAUCAAAUAAAAAAUCUUAAAAUCUGUAUCCCUAUAUAAGCGUCCCCACGGGUGGUCGAUGCCAAACGCCUUUAAGAAAUCAAGUAAAAUUCGCGACUCGUUGAGAACAUCAGUUGCAAUGGUGCAGAUCAAAUUCCUGUUUGCCCUCCUUGCUGUAAUGACCAUCGUACUAAUGGGGGCCAACACUGUUUCGGCCCGUGAUUGCCUCUCUGGAACUUUCGGCGGUCCUUGCUGGGCCUGGAGUGGAGAAAAGUGCCGCCGUCUCUGCAUUGAGGAGGGACAUGUCAGUGGACACUGCAGUGGCGGGAUGAAGUGCAGGUGCGAAGUAUGCUAGAUCCACUGCAUUUCAAAAGUGCAAGCUGUAUCUUCUGUUCACAGCACAUAAGCAUUGCCUUUCAGGCUUAUCUUUUGAUUUUAUUUAAAGGCAAUUCUAUCUUCCCAUGAUAGCGAUGUACAUUUUUUCGCGUAAAAGGCCCAAAAGUAUGCCUUUCGAAAGUUAUAUUGCAGUUAUUUGCAUUUUCACCUUUAUGCUAAUUCUGCUAAUUCUGUACCUAUAUAAGAGUGCACUCGGGCUCAAGAAAUUCAAAUGCUGGUGCGAACAAUGCUGAGGAUCCUUAUCGUCCAACGUGCUCAAAUUUACAUAUGGUUGUCCGCAUAUGUUUAAUGUAUUUUUUAUUGUUUUCAAAAGGAAAAUAAAGAAUAUACUUCUCGGCAAAUAAUACAGUUUUAUUUCUACUCAAAGAACGAAUUCAUUGUAUAAAAAGUGAUAAAAUGGUUUUUUGGAGUCGUAAUUUUCGAUGCAAUCCGAGUUCAUGGCAUUUCCUGAUUCAUUUUAUGGAUUGCAUCAAUCGGCAAGAUUGCGAGCUCCGUAUCGAGUUUCCAGGAAGCUUAUCGAAUUCAGAUAAGAGUACUUGUGUGACAUCAAAGUUAAGGCUACUAGCUAAGUAGCAAAUGCAUGCACAAAGGAUUUUGAAACAUGCUGAAAAAUAUUAUUGGAAAAGCAAAGAGGUCCUAUAUAAAUUUACUUCGAAAAUGAGAUUUAGAAUGGAAUAGAAGAAAUAAAAGCAACGAUGGGAAAUAAAGACAAAUUGACAUGUUAAUAUUUCAAACAAAUUAUCAUCCGUGUUACAUUGAAAACUGCAAGUUUGGUGUUUUAAUCCGGUUCUGGGUUUUCCUAGCAUACUCGACAGUUCUACAAUUUAUGAAUAAAUUAUAUUUGUUAUUGAAACUGGUUUAAUUAGUUUCCUAGAAGUCUCGUGAUAAAUGGCACAUUGCAUAAAAUCAGUGUCGGCAUAUUAUUAAUAGGCCAUUUUCCAGAACUUAAUAAAUUAGAAAAACUACACAUUCUUACUCAACUGCCAACUAAGAAGAUUGCAGUGACACUUUAUAGAGAAGACGAAAUUUUAUGCGACUUCCUUAGACAUUUACCACAAUGAUCAUUAUCUUAAAAGCGAAUACUUUCGAGUCAGUUUUUGUUAUCUUAUCAGCCCUAAAGUAUGCCCUUCCAUGAGAUACAAUUCAAUAAUUAU